CAUGGAGUGUCGCUUAUAUUUUACAAUAUAUAUCUGUAUAUAUUUCUGCUCGAGGGCACAAACCAAGGUGGCUUAUAGCAAGGGUAGCGAAAUCUUAUCCAAAACUUCAGUCGCAAAUGCUCUGCCCAAUGAUGAAGGAAAAGCCAUUGAGAACUCUAUAAAUGACGUUUCAACAAAUAUACCCAAAGCAACAUAUCCAUUUGUAGUGUCAAUACAAAGAAAUGAUGCUGGAAAGUACACUCAUCUCUGUGGUGGCUCCAUCCUUAACAAACACUUUGUAUUAACUGCAGCCCAUUGUACGUUGAAGCCGAGACAACUCUUGGCCAAAGAGCUGUCUGUGCUGGCGGGUUCCACUAAACUCUUCGAUAAGAAUGCAAAACGUUUUCAAGUUAAGGCGAUGAAAAAACAUCCUCAGUUUAUACCACUUAAGGGGAAUGAUAUACUUCUUCUGCAAGUGGAUCCCGAAAUACCAAUUGAUAAUAUUCGAUUUGACACAAUCGAUUAUCGGAAUUCGACCAGGAAAAGCGGAGGAUUGGAUACUUUCCUACUUGGCUGGGGACGCACAGAAUCAAAUAAGCCAAAGGAUCUGGAAGUUAUACCUUUUAAAUCUUUGGAUGAUAAAAAAUGUUUUCUCGACUUUCGCUUUAGAUAUUUAACAAAUUCGGAGAUCUGUGCAAUGAACCCAAAGGGACCUCGAGGAGCAUGUGAUGGUGAUUCAGGUGGACCUCUAGUGGACGAAAGUCAACAGUCGCUAUAUGGACUGCUCUCAUAUGGCAGGACACCGUGUGAGAUUGGAAAACCUUUUGCUUUUACACGGAUAAGCGUUUAUGUCGAUUGGAUUGAACAACAAAUGGCGAAUAUGUUAAAAAUGAAUGCAAAGAGUAUUAAAUAGAGAAUUCAGAGAUUUGAGAAAAAAUGGCACAUAAUUUAUUCAGUAUAAUUCCCACGUGGCGUUUUCAAAAUGUUUCCAAAAUGCAAAUAAAAGAAGUCACUUAAAAAA